UCAAUUAAUUCCGUUUUGUCUUCUCUUCUUCUCUUUUUUCUUUCAUAUUUGGGUACUUCAUCUACCAAUUGUCUUGCCUUUUUCUUGUAAGUCAGCUAGAAAAUUCAAGUCCGAUCGAUAUGGAUAAGAAUGAGAACCUUAAGUUUUCAGAUGAAGAGGAGGAAGAAGGCAACCAUGGCAGUACAGAAGCCACUCGGCAACAGCUACAAAUUCUUCAGUCUCUCAUUCCCAAUUCCAACAAGACUGAUUCAAGAUCAAUCCUAGAAGAUGCUUAUGAUUAUCUUCAAAGAAUUCAUCAAGAGAUGGAGCAGAUUGAGAAAGAACUAUCACAAAGGUCAGAAGAUCAAAGUGGAAGCUUAUCAGGGAUGAGCCAUAGCAGCUGCAGUAACCCAAGUCUAGCACCCAAGAUACUGAGGGUGGUCACAGAGAAACUGUUAGAGGGCAGAUUUGUGGUGAAGAUCAAUUCCAAGAAAGGGCCUGGUGUAGCUUCUCAGGUGCAGCAAGUCUUUGAGUCUUUGGAGUUGGAUGUGAAAAUGACUUCAAUUUCAGUCCAAGAGAGAAACCCUUAUGAGAUGUUAAUCACAGCUAUGGUUGAGGUGACGAAAGAAACAAUGACAGAAGAGGAGCUCCUUGAUAUUAUAACGAAAGAAAUGGAAAGGCUUGGUGGGUUAGUCUAAAAUCUCAACUGGGGGAUGAAGCUGAGGCUGUUUUAAUAUUGCUUCAGUUAUUGGUUUGUGAUGAUACUAUUUCUUUCUUUGAUUAUAACAUUUGAAUUUGAUGAUUUUACAUGUACUUAAACUCUUAAAAGUGUGAACUUGAGAAUUGCGAGAAUUGAGAACUGAAACAACUUCACCA